AUGAAGUACGUCAACUUGGCUGCCGUUGCGGCGGGUCUGGCGACCGCCGCGCCGGCCAAGGGCCCUUCCGCCUUCGAGGGCCUCGUUUCGAAAACAGCUGAAGAAGUCUCCGAGUUCGAGGUCCAAGUCCUUGGCGGUAUGACCCUCCGAGCGCCGCAGGUGUACAACACAAACUUCAUACAAACGAAGCGCGGGCCCAGGGCCUAUGUCCAAUCGCUCAGGAAGUACUCCGCCUUUGGGGCCACCAUACCUCCAAACCUACUCCAGAUCAUUGACGAGAUCUUGGGAGAGCUUGGCCUAGGUGAUAUACUGGGAGGCGGCACUGGUAGUGGCACAGGAACCGGCACUGGUGCUGGCAAAGGCAAUGGAGGUAAUAGUGGGAACGGAUCCUCGGGUCGGCAGGGAGGUAACGGUACUCAAAGUGGCGGUGGCAAAGGGGGAGGUACCGGCUCAGGCAGCGGUAGAGGCAGUGGCGGCGGUAAUGCCACGGCUCCGAGCAACGGCACUGCAAAGGGUCAAGGCGAGGUUGCAGCCGUUCCUCAGAUGUUCGACAGCGAGUACCUGGCGGCCGUACAAAUCGGAACUCCGCCUCAGGACGUGACACUCGACUUUGAUACCGGCUCCUCAGACCUGUGGGUGUUCAGCAGUGACACUCCGGCAUCACAAGUGUCCGGGCAGAAGAUAUAUACCCCUGGUCAGAGCUCGACGUCCAAGCAACUUGAUGGCGCGAGCUGGCAGAUCACCUAUGGAGAUGGAAGCGGCGCAUCUGGGAUCGUGUACACCGAUGUUGUAACUGUAGGGGGCGUCAGUGUUCCGAACCAGGCUGUCGAGGCUGCGACGACAGUAGCCGGCAGCUUCAGCCAGGAUGCUGCCUCGUCAGGAUUGCUUGGACUUGCUAUGGACUCGAUCAAUACUGUCCAGCCUCGUGCUCAGAAGACCUUCUUCUCGAACGCGAUGGCCAACCUCGCUAUGCCCCUCUUUACGGCGAACUUAAAGCAGGGAGAACCGGGUAACUACAACUUCGGCUUUGUCGAUCAAACCGAGUUCACAGGCAACAUCAACUUCGUGCCUGUCAACGCCUCCCAGGGUUUCUGGGCCUUCAACUCCGAGGGCUUCACCGUGGGCAACGGGCAGGCGCAGGAUUUCCCGCACCAGGCCAUCGCGGACACGGGCACGACUCUGAUGCUGGUGGCAGACGAGAUGGUGGAAGCGUACUACGCCCAGGUGCCGUCGGCGCAGAACAACGCCCAGAUCGGCGGCUUCGUGUUCGAUUGCAACGAGACCCUGCCGUCGCUCACGGCCAACAUUGGCGGCUUCCAGGUUGCUAUCCCUGGCAGCAUCAUCCGCUUUGCGCCCGCGGACACGGACUCGUUCGACACGGCGACUGCGUGCUUUGGGGGCGUCCAGAGCAACACUGGCCUCCCGUUUGCGAUUUACGGGGACAUCUUCCUGAAGGCCGCCUUCACGGUGUUUGACGGCGGGAACAUGCGGAUCGGGUUCGCUGCCAAGUCGGGCCAAUGA